AUGCAGACUCCGUUCCUUCCGACGAGUCAUAGUAUACCGGUGUACAUGGCGGGAACGAGCAUUCAGUUAUGGAGCCGGCUCUGGCUUCGACGAUGGGAACGCACGCCCCGCUUCGUCCGGAGCCGUACCGGUCCGCACCUGCCCCUAAGAGUGGCCGUGGCGAUGGAGGUGAAGGGAACGAUCCUCGCUGGUUUGGAGAAGGCGCAUAUGGUUCGGGUGGACUCAGUGGGGGCGGCGGCAGAUCCGGAGGGAAUGGUGGUGAUGGCGGUGGAGGUCCGGCUCCCGCCGGCGGAUCGACAUUCGUUGGUGGGCAACGCCCGCAAGCAAUCGCUGAAGCUCGAAAGUGUGGACAAGUUGCAAGUGAACCAUUUCUUGGGACAUCUCGACGACCUUCAGAUUGAGUUCGAGCUGACGGAUAUCGAGCUCAUCCGCAUCUUUGAAUACCGCGUGACCGAGUCGAAGAUCCAAGAGCAUGAGCGCGAAGAUGGCCGAAAUUACGCAGAACAGUAUCCGCAAGGCGAAAGACCCGUCCGGGAAUACGCGUGGCGUAUCAAGGAUGCCACCCAAGAUCUCGAGUUGCGAUAUUCUCAAGCGGUGCAGAUCUUCAUCGACGGUUGCAAAGACCCUGGCGUGGCCUCGUGCAUCCAUGGGUUGGAGACGCAACCGGGUACGAUUCAGGAAUGCCUGGACUACCUUCGUUUUCGCGACGUGGACCUUCAUAUGCGACUCAAUGACGCGAACGGACACGACGUUCCCCGAUCUACGAUCUUACGAACUCGAUGGAUGCGACCAGCAAGUCCACAGAAGAGGCUAUGGCUGCGCUUCGGGCGGAUGUAG